AUGGAGGCCGCCGCGUCGACUUGCGCCCCGCAAGAGCAGUGCCGCCGCUCGCCCGCGUCCCUCCGCCACGCGCGCCCCUACCGCACCUCAAGCAGCAGCAGCCUCAGCGUCUCCGCCUGUAGCAUUAGCAGCAUCGUGAGCAACUACCCGCUGUCGAACGGGCCGCUGUCGUCUUGCUGGGGGGAUCAGACCUAUGAAGAUUAUGAGGUGGUGUUUACCGAAGACAAGUUGGGGUUGACGCUCAAGAGCUACGAGCACGUGGACCCUCUGGGCCAUCGCAUUCCCGUGACGAUCGUCAAGUCUACGAUCUUUAGCGUCGGUCAAGUGUCGCACCCCAUUCGCGAAGGAGACGCCCUGCAGUCCGUGAAUGGAGAGAGCAUUGCCAACCUGCAGUUUCAGGAUGUGUUGCGGAUUCUCAAGACAGCACCACGCCCGAUUCGUCUACGGUUUCGCACGAGAUCGAUAACGCGUCGACCGUCGGGGGCUGAGCAGCAGGAGGUGUAUGCAAGACGGUCUAGCACGGGCAGCAUGGACAGCGAUUUUCGUGUACCCUUUGUGGCUGGCGCUUGGUUGUUUCCAGAGCGACCCGGGCUGGAAGAAGAUCGGGACGAUUCAGACAGUCAGGACGCUGUCGUGUCGGAAAGCUUUGGUGACGCCGAUAGUGCGCGAUCGACAACGAACAGCUCAGUGAUUACCGAGUUUGCAGACAUGAAAUCGACGUCGAGUCGGCAGUCGUCACGCUUGGCUGCGUUUCUGCGCAAACCCUUUCGUCGCGACGACGGGUUCGAUGGCGCAUGGUGGGAACCGCGUUCCAGUGCUGUGCCGGCUUGUCCUCGUACUGCGAUUUGGCUGGAUUCGCCGCUAAAGGCUGCGCUUCUUGUGCGCUGGUAUGUGCAUGCGAAAGCCGUUUCGUACCACCUGCAGUUUUCCCGCGACUGGACGAUGAAAGUGUGGAAGAAUUGGUCGGGUCGACCUGUGCCAGCAAGCGACAGCGACUGCGAAAUGGUCACAACGAUCUUUGGUCUCGACUACUCGAAGAGCUACGUAGUGCGUGUCCGCUAUGAGCUCAGUGGCGGUCACGGCCCCGGCGAGUGGAGCACAUCAAGUACACCUGUUGCAACCGUUAGUCAUGUUGACGCUAUGCACUAUCGAAUUGCGCAGUCGAGGGCCCGACGUAGGUGA